CACAUGAUAAACGAUUCGUUAAUUGGGCGUGAAAAUCUGAAUCUUGUUCCUGCCUGGGAAAUCAACGUUUCUAUGAAUCAAAGCUGUUUGGGGUUAUUUCCUACACGCUGAACUCUAGCCCGCCUUUGUUCUCCCUCCUACUCACUUCUUCUUUGCUACUGCUUCCACAUUCCUUUUGCAUUAUUUAGCGGUGAAACUAACAGGCUGGAACCUUUGGGUUUUCUUAGCCCGGAUUCAAACUAUAAUGGCUUGUGGGAGUAAGAGCGGUAAAAGUGAGAUCAGUGAAGGAGGUGCAAAUGAUUCAGUGGCUAGUGUGGGAGAUGUGAUAUUUGUCAAGCUUCGCGGUAGCUCAUGGUGGCCUGCACAGGUUGUUGAUGAAAAUAGUGUUAAUAAGAGCGUUAAACCAAGCAAACGGACCAAACGAUUGCCAGGAGACAUCCUUGUUAGGCAUUAUGGAAGCUAUACAUACUCAUAUGCAGAUCCUAUUAAAUGUCGCGAUGAGUUUAAGACAAUACUUGAUCGUAAUGAUGGUUCUCUCAGGAAAGUACUUCUGCAAACUCUUGAACAGGAUCUUCCUAGCACAAAAUCCCGUAGAUCAAAGGGAUCAUCAUCAAAGCCUAAAGGAACAUCAAGCAAAAAUGCUGCAGGCAAGAGAAAAUCCAAUGGGGAAGAUAAGGAGCAGAAUAAAAACAAGCACGAAAAGCAAAAAGAGACAUCAAAUGACGAUGAUUUGUCUAGCCAAAGUCGUGAAACAAGCUCGUUAGGAAAGUCCCCAGAGUUGAGUUCCAGGAGGGUAAGAGUGAUGGAAAAUCUUGGCCUCAUUGCUCCAGCUGGGUCACCAUUUCCAAAAAGAAGAUGCACAUAAGUAUAACAAAGCCUCGUGAUUAUGGGGAUGAAGGAAUUGGUGUAGAGAAGAGCAUGUGUAGAUACAUUCUCUUUUAACAUCAUAUGUUCGUUUAGUCAUUACUGAGAAAUGCUUAAUAUGCAGUUGUAGUUUAUGAUCAUCUUAUUUGGUCAAACGCCCCGUGAUCAUGCAUGCAAACGUUGGGCAAAAAUUGUGUUCGGUGAGUUGGUCUGAUUUUUUUGGGUGAAAGAAUGUUGCGGGAAAUGAUUCUUGCAUCCACUUUUUACUGUUCUUUUACGAUCCUUGUUUAGAAUACAAAGUUAUGUAUGUUUUAACUUU